AGUGGAAACGGGCAGUUCCGAGUACAGCGCUCAACUCCUGGGGCAGUAAAGAUAAAAAAAAAAAAUAAUGAUGAAGAUACUUUUAUCUCUGCUGUCACUUUUUGUCUUCAUCAGCCUGCUGGUGUUUUCUUUGUUUCUGUACGGGAACGGCUCCCGAGCCUUUGCUGCCGUGUCACGCUCCGUGGAAAGUGGAGUGGGGAUGGUGUGGAGCGUCAGGAGCAGCCAGGACACCCAGACAAGCACGAGCAUGAAGUUCUCGUGGAAGCGGUGGGACAGCUCUCAGGAGGCCAAGGUGACCCCGGGGAGCAAAGUGAUGGCCUCUUCGCAGAACACUUUGGAGAAGUGUCCGGAAACGCCCCCGGGCCUGGUGGGCCCCCUCCAUGUGGAGUUCAAGAAGCAGAGUCUGGAGGAGGUCAUCGAUGCUGUUGGACCUCCUCUGCAGGAGGGAGGACGCUACAAGCCCCCAGACUGCACCUCACAGCAGAAGGUGGCAAUCAUCAUCCCGUUCCGAAAUCGCCACGAGCACCUGAUACACUGGCUUUUUUACCUCCAUCCCGUCUUGAUCCGACAGCAGCUGGAUUAUGGGGUGUAUGUCAUCAACCAGGAUGGAGACGGUGUCUUCAACCGGGCCAAACUCAUGAACGCAGGAUACAAGGAAGCCUUAAAGGACUACGACUACGAGUGCUUUGUUUUCUCGGACAUAGACCUGGUUCCUCUUGACGACCGUAACCUGUACAGGUGUUUCAACCAGCCCAGACACUUGGCUGUGGCGAUGGACAAGUUUAACUUCCGCUUGCCCUACAAAAACUUCUUCGGUGGGGUGUCAUCGCUGUCCAAGCAGCAGUUUGAGAAGAUAAAUGGCUUCCCAAACUCCUACUGGGGCUGGGGUGGCGAGGACGACGAUAUUUACGGUCGAAUCGUCUACAGUGGGAUGCAAGUUUCUCGACCAGAUUCCGUGACUGGGAAAUACAAGAUGGUCAAGCACCAAAGAGACCUGCACAAUGAGCCUAACCCAAAGAAUCCUGACAAACUUGGCCAAACCAGGCGGAAUAUGAAAACAGACGGGAUUAACUCCCUUCAGUACUCUGUGAAGGAAACUGUGAAGCAUAAAUUGUACACUUACAUCACUGUGGAUAUUCAGGCUCCAGCCAGCUGAACGAGUGAACAAUGAACCAGAAAUUGGAGAUUAUCAAUACCUCACUGGAAUUUUAGGCUCAUAGUCUAAACAAAAUGUUAGGGGUACUUAACACUAUUUAUGUGUAGUUAUGUGUUACUUAAAUAUAUGUAAAUUGUGUAAUAGU